AUGUUUCAAUGCUCGCAAUGUGAAAAGUCAUAUCAAAGGAAACCCCAUUUAUUGCGCCAUCAAUCUACCCAUACUCGUCAGCUUGCUUCCAGCUGCCCCUUCUGUAAUAAAUCUUUCCUAAAACCCUUAAAUAGCUUCACCAAGCCAUGGGGGAAAAUUCAACUAACCUCGUCUGAGCUGUUGACAGAGAGGUCACUCGAAGGCAUAGCAAAGUAUGCGCAAAAAAGCAUAACCAACCUCCGCCUGUCGCCGCAAAACCAGGCAGGAAAAGGCAGUCAUGCGAUUUAUGCUUCUCCACAAAAGCCGCCUGUGAUAAUAAUCUUCCAUUGCAUUUUUACGACCCAAGAGGCGCCUACGAUCAAUUCGGUUUCCAACGUCUCAGUCUCACCAGCUGCAACCCCCUCGGCCGACACAUCCGAAGGUGGCGGCCCAUUUUCAUUCCUUCGUCAUUUUGCAAACCCUACAAUUCAGAAGGAUCGACUUGCAAUAGGUGAAACCGCCAAAUACUCCUUGCGAAGGAACCUUGAAACCCUCUAUUCACGUCUGGAAGAGGCGCUCAUGCCCACUGACCCCACACCAAACCCCCUGGGCAACUUCCAAAUUCCCGACUUAUCUUUUCAGAUGGCUUCAAGUGCGGAUGAGUCGAUUUUAACUCAAUAUCCGCACGAAGUUCUCUUCCCAUCAAGGCUUUCCAAUCAACUUACUGAGAUUAUGACCGAGUUGGUUGAGACAUCAAAAUCCAUGACACCCUCAGAUGCCAGUCGACCAGAUACGCUCGACAUUAUGGAGCUCACAUCUCUCCUAGGAGUGUCAAAUAUAUCCGCUUUCAUUUCAGCCUUCUUUCACUCUCUUCACUGGCACUUGCCAAUCGUUCACUUUCCUACAUUCGACCCUGGAAAUGUAUCCAACCCUCUGCUUCUUGCAAUUUUCAUGGCAGGGGCAGCAUAUACAGCCCCACUUGACAAGGCAUCAAUGUCGCCAUGGCUUCUUGAUGUGGCUGAAGAGUAUAUCUUCCGAAAGGUGUCAAAUUUACCCGCGACGCCCCCACCCAAGGACUCUGCUGCUCUUCUCCCAACCGUGCAGCUAAUACAGAGUGCCCUUAUCAUCGAAAUGCUACAAUUUGGAAGAGAUGAUAUGCUGACGAGGAGACGCAUUCGGAUUGUCCGUAACCCGUGCCUCGUUUCUACCAUCAGGUCAUUGGGUAUGUUCCAGUUAAAGCGGCGAACGCCACCAAAGACAUGCGAUGAACCAACAUGGCGAAUACUGGUAGCAGAGGAAAUGUGUAUACGGUGGGUCUUUACAAUCGAUGAAACCGAUUCAAUAGUGCAUUUGCUGAAGAUUCGCAGAAUUGCAUGUUGGGUUUUUCUCGCGGACGGCUUUCUCACUGUCUGCUUCAAAAGCCACCCGUCCUUAUCGAUAUUUGAAAUGAACUGCGAUUUCCCUUGGAGCGCUGAGCUUUGGGAGGCCGAGAGUGCAUCUGCGUUCAGCAGAAUUGUUACGAUGAAUCCGACUGAGAACCCACUUCCGCCCCUUAAAGAAGUUGUUACCCAGCUGCUUGACACGCCAACCAGCGAAGAUUCAAUACCAUGGGGUCUCUUGCUCUCAUCUGAGCAUCUCUUGAUCUUGAUAUACGCUAUCAACUCCCUGGCAUUCCAAGCUCGGGUUGGUCUUCUCAAAUACCUUCCGCUCGACGCCAUCAGCCGGGCCGCUGGCAACUGGAAACGACUUUGGGACUCCUUAAUUGGAGCAGAGCAAGAGAAAAUCCUUCAUCUCGGAUAUCCGAAACAUGCCGAGGAGUUGUGGUGGCUGUUGAAAGCUACAUUAGAGGUUUCUGAUAAGCCAGAAAUAGGAUUUGCGUAUCUCGAGAGCAAUGCUACUGACGAACUAGGGACAUUAAACGACUUUAUACAAUCAUGCUUUCGCAAUUCGUAA